GGAUGUUGCCGCGACGCGCCGGUGUGUGAGGAAGCAUGGCGGCGCCGUGGAGGCUGUGCAGGGGCAGGAGCAGAGCAGUAAGCGGGUUUCUUCAGGCCGCGUGGAGCGCGCGGAGCGGCGGACCGGGGGUCGGCGCUGAGGCGGGGUGUGAGCAGGCGCUGGUUCCAGUCAGGCGUGUACACAGUACUGUCCGGCCUCAGCUCAACUCUUUAACGAGGUACAGAAACAGGUUUCUUUACACUACACCCAGAAUAUGCUGCUGUAGGAUACACAGUGACAUCAAGCUAAAAGACCCCUUCUCUCUCGCACAGAAGGACCUGAAAAAUCUAUAUGAGGAUAUUAAAAAGGAGCUGCUGGUGUCUAAAGCGGAGCUGAAAGCACUGUGUGAUUAUUACUUUGACGGGAAGGGGAAGGCUUUCCGGCCGAUGAUCGUGGUGCUGAUGGCCAGAGCCUGCAACAUCCACAGCAACCAAGAGAGUGAUCUGCUUCCUGGCCAGCGGGCCAUAGCCAUGAUCUCAGAGAUGAUCCACACUGCCAGCCUGGUGCACGACGACGUCAUUGACGGUGCGGACACACGGCGAGGGAAAACCACCAUCAACGAAGUGUGGGGGGAGAGGAAAGCUAUCCUGGCUGGAGAUUUUAUUCUCUCUGCAGCGUCGAUGGCCCUCGCUCGCAUCGGCAACAACGCAGUGGUGUCUGUGCUGUCCCAAGUCAUAGAGGACCUGGUCCGAGGUGAAUUCAUGCAGCUGGGAUCCAAAGAGAAUGAAAACGAGAGAUUUAAGCACUACCUCGAGAAAACCUUCAAGAAGACGGCGAGUCUGAUCGCCAACAGCUGUAAAGCAGUUUCAAUUCUGGCGAACUCGGACCCUGAGGUGCACGAGAUCGCGUAUCAGUACGGAAAAAACGUGGGCAUCGCCUUUCAGCUGGUGGAUGACGUGCUGGACUUCACUUCCUGUGCUAAUCACCUGGGCAAGCCCUCGGCUGCAGAUCUGAAGCUGGGUUUAGCCACUGGACCCGUUCUGUUCGCCUGUCAGCAGUUUCCUGAAUUACACUCUAUGAUUAUGAGGCGUUUCUGUUCAGAUGGAGAUGUUGAUCGAGCCUGGCAAUACGUCCUGGAGAGUGAUGGUGUGGAGCAGACUAACUACCUCGCACAGCGUUACUGCCAAGAGGCGAUCCGGCAGAUCAGUCGUCUGCAGCAGUCUGCGGAGCGGGACGCCCUCAUCCGCUUAACAGAACUGGUUCUGAUCCGGGACAAGUGAUCCCGGACCCAGAGCACCAGCUCAGGCAGCUACUCCUCUGCAGGGCCCUGUCCCAGGGGGCAAAACGAUGGGGGGGCAACUGGGAUGCUUCCUGCUCCCUACAAUACACACACACCAAUUACAGCAGGGGUGUCCCACUCAGGUCCUGGAAAGCCACACCACUGCACUGUAGCAGUGUUUCUGUCUAUAGUAUGUUUAAUUUCUUAAAUUUUGCACUGGUGCUACAAGGCUAAUGUACAGGGGUUGGACAAUAAAACUGAAACACCUGGUUUUAGAGCACAAUAAUUUAUAGUGGUGACGGACAGUUCUGGUGGAAACAGGAGAGUUGAGGUGCACAUUGAAUUCUGCCGUGAUUUGAUCCGCCGUGGUUUUAUGUGUUUUGCAUACAAUCCGGGUUAGCACCCGAACAUCCCUUUCAGACAGCUUCCUUUUACAGCGUCCACAGUUAAUCCUGUUGGAUGUGGUUGGUCCUUCUUGGUGGUAUGCUGACAUUACCCUGGAUACCGUGACUCUUGAUGCAUCACAAAGACUUGCUGUCUUGGUCACAGAUGCUCCAGCAAGACGUGCACCAACAAUUUGUCCUCUUUUGAACUCUGGUAUGUCACCCAUAAUGUUGUGUGCAUUGCAAUAUUUAGAGCAGAACUGUGCUCCUAUCCUGCUAAUUGAACCUUCACACUCUGCUCUUACUGGUGCAAUAAUGUGCAAUUAAUGAAGAUUGACCACCAGGCUGCUCCAAUUUAGCCAUGAAACCUCCCUAUUUUAAGAGUUUAUUUCUUUUAAUGUUGAUGAUUAUGGCUUACAUACAAUGAAAACCCAAAAAUCAAUAUCUCAGAAAUUUAGAAUAUUCGAAUAUAAGACCAAUGAAAGUCAUAUAAAAGUGGCACAAUGAUGAUGCAAGUUUUAACAUGCAAGUAAUAUAUGACUUUUUUUUUUUAACAAUUUAUCUAUAAAACUGGACAAAUUCUGUAUUUUGUCUGAACUCAUUCAGUUUGUUUUAUGUUUUUCCUGAUGCUAAUUGGUGGAGUCAUUAGUUUACAUUGCUUGUUAGCUAGCUACAUUAGCCUUGUUGCUCCAGUGCAAAACCUGUGCGAAAGCAGCAACUUCAGAUACCAAAUAAUCACAGCAUAACAAGUAAGAAAAUUUGUGUUUGGUAGAUUAUUAUUAUUAUUAUUAUUAUUUCUUUGUUGUAAUAAUGCUUUUUAGCAAUACGUCUUAUACCGUUGGGAAGCCUGUUAAUUUCUCUUUUAAAUUAAGACAUAUUUUUAAAGAACAUACAUUUGUGGCAUGAGCAGCAUGCCACAAAUGUACCAGAUCCUCUCUGCCAAUGAAUAACAGCUUAUUAUUUUGCUAUUUGCAAUAUAAUCGAUUGCUAAUGUGUCAGUACUCAGCUCUGCUAAAAGAAAAAUGGUCUUAGAGUGGUCCAGCAGUCUAAAGCGCUGCCACUAUGAUCGGGAGAUCGCUGGUUUGAAUCCUAGUCAUGCAGCUUACCAUCAUCUGCCGGAGCCCUGAGAGAGCACAGUUUCCCAUGCUCUCUCUGAGUGGGUACAGUAGAUGGCGCUCUUUUCCCUUAUCACUCCUACGGUGAUGUCGAUCAGCACAAGGCUGCGUCUGUGAGCUGAUGUAUAAGAACCGAGCUGUGAUGCUACUCGGUAAUGCUGCAUCAACAGCAGUUCAUAAAGAGGCGGAGUCUGACUUCACAUGUAUCGGAGGAGGCAUGAUCUAGUCUUCACCCUCCUGGUGUUGUGGCAUCACUAGUGAUAGGGGAAAAUUGGCUAGCUAAAUUGGGAGAAAAAUGGCCAAUAAUUGGAAAGAAAAAGAAAAAUUAACAGGCUUUCCAACAGUACUAAAUAAAGAUAUAUAUUAUAUAAAAGGACUAAUACGAAAAUAAAAUGUCUACCAAAUACAAAUUCUAUUACUCUUUGUGCAGUUUUAGCUUGAAUGUGAUUUAUAUAUAUAUAUAUAUUUUUUUUUUUUUUUUUUUUUUUAAACCACGCUACUCGCUAUAGUGCAGUGCCGUGGCUCUCUCGAACCUGUAACAGACACCUGUGCCUUAAACAUCUCGCCCAAAACUGCUAACGUUGCCAAUAAGAACUGAAGCUAAGCCCAGUUAGCAUUAUGCAAAAGUCAAUGUGCUUUCUGGAUCGUGUUAGCUUUCGCAGAGUGUUAGCAAUAUUAGCAUUUUGGGGUGAAGUGUAUCUUUUUGGAGGGUUUGCAGGCAGUAAAGAAUGAUGUGAAAGACGAUAUUUACAUUGUUGUCACUUUAUGUGUUCCUGUACUGUACCUCACGCAUCCUCACCCACAGAGCCCGAGCAUUACAAGCGCGUGUGGGAGGAGGCAACCUGCAGCAUCGUUGUAAUUCCAGGCAUGGCACGGGGCGGGUGUGAGAGUUUGUGUGCUGUCAAUACAAAGAAAUAAUGUGCGUCCGAUUGUGGAACGGUUACCCGGUCACAUCUAUAUAUGUUUCCAGAAGGUCCGUCCAUGCCGCAACAAGGCCAAACUGCUGACUUGUGUACACUGGAGGAUGUUGUUAUCAAUGUACUUCUGCAUCAAGUGCUCAGUAACAACCAAGGCCUUACAACCACAAGAACUAUGUAUUGAUAAUAAAUAUAUUUUUUAAGUUA